AUGAACUUGGAAGCCAUGGCAGCGGAUGUGGUGCCCCUGCCCAAAGCGAGCUCCGAUCUCGACUUCGUGACGAUCGAGGACUGGAGGAAUGUCCUGGAGGGUCCCGUGCCCAGCUAUGUGAGGACACUCUUCGUGGCGCUACUGCGCUGCACUCGCCCAGAGAGCUCGGCGGCCAGUUGGACCCAGAUCCAAGAUCUCCUGAGAGGGGACGUCGGGUUCAUAGCCGCGCUGCAAGCCUUCGAGCCGGAGGACAGCGACAGGCACCGCAUCCGGGACAUACUUUAUUCAGAGAUGGAGGUUACCUCUAUCCCCGUGAAGUACAUGGCCUUCUUCUCACCGGGUUGCGAGCUGCUCCUCCGCUGGUGCCACGCAUUGGGUGACGCCUGCGGCUGCCCGCCUCCGACCUUCCCGCUGACGGAGGAUCACCUGCGCUCGGCGCGGGCGGAGGCGGAGGAGGCAAGGCACCAGCGCCAGAAGGCCAGAGACGAAGCCAGAGCUGCCAAAGAAGCCGCCAGGGCUCCCAAAGACAGAGAGGUCGCCAAGAAGGACACUGAAACGGAGGGGUCGGAGAGGGAGGCUUCGGAGGAAAGUGGAGGCCGGCUGCAGCUGAAGUCCCUCAUCUCAGGGGAGGUCUUCGCCACCUUACCGGGUGCCCUUCCGACCUGGACCUACAAGGACAUCGUGGAUCGACUUCGACCCCUCCUUCCACAAGAGGCUGGGGUUCUGAGCCUCCUGGUGGGUGAGGCCUUGACGCCCAUGGAGCGCUACGAGGCCACGCUGGAGUCUCUGGGCCUGGACCUCCAGGAGUGUGAGCUUUUCUACCGUGCUGACACCCUAGAGGCCUUGGUGGAGGUUCAUUCACAGGCGACGCGCGAGCGCAAGAAGCCGUCUGACAUGGGAGAGGCCGAGGAUCAGGCUACCCUUCGCGCCUUGCUGGCUGGGGUCGAAGAAGCGCUGUCCGUUCUGCACCAGAGGGACCUCACGAUGAUUAAGCAGUUGGCGAGGCCUCCGGUGCACGUCUACCUGACGGUGGAAGCCGUCGCCAUCAUCCUCCAAGAGCCGGCGAGCAGCUGGCGGAGCCUUGCCUCUGUGCUGGCCGAUGGAUGCCUCGAUAAGAUGAGGAACUUGGAUGUCGAAAGUGUACCUCUCUCCACUCUAGCUCGGCUGGAGUGGUAUGUCAACCACGAAAGGCUGUCGCCAGAGGUCCUCCGCAAGGGCGCUUGUGGCGCUGAUCGCCUGAUGCAGUGGGUCCAGCUUGUCUUCCACGCCGGCUUGCUGAAAGCACAGCUGGCCAGGACCAUGUGGGACAUCAUCAAGUACGACUACAUCGGUUACAGCUUCUUGAAUACAGAGAAAGUCGAUGCGAAGAUCAGUACGAUCUGUGAGGGCUUUCUGAAAUCCAGUGCUGACAGCACAGCUUGCCAGAGCCUGAGGGAGGAGUUGAAGAUUCCUCCGUGGCUGCACGCGGGCUCCUUGCUGGCGCCUGUCUUUGGCAUCUUGGGCUUCGUGGUCCUCGCUAAGUGCCUCUGGAGUUUUGUAGAGCUGAAUCGCAGCGUGGCGCAGGGCACCAAUCAGGAUGUCCGCGUGGAGGCCAUGGAGGCAGACGCCACUCCAUGGAAGUUGGCUCCGCGAUUGGAGUGGGUAAUCAUCAUCCUCGGCACCCCUCUGAUUUUCAUCGUGAUGUCCAUGCGUUCUCUGAUCCGCAUCUGGACGGUGAUGACAGGGAGUGCCUAUCACCCGGGUGCAGACUGGGACGAGGUGGUUCGAUUGGAGCUGGCGACGUAUCAGAUGGACUUGGAGCUGAGUGUUGCCUUCCAGUUUUACGCCUGCCUCAUGUUCGGCCUCCUUUGUACUAGCUUUCUUCGCCACUCCGAGAUGGUCGUCGCACGAUCCGACGGCUCUCAGCAGGGCUCCAUUGAGGAGUACAUGAGACCAGUGGCCUAUGCCUCCGUGCAGGGCGUUUACGCCUUUGUCUUCAUUGGGGUGCUGCGAACUGUUUUUGACAUCACGGUGACCUACUUGUCUGAAAUGCCGGAGUACCACGAGAAGGCAGAGCUGAUUCAGAAUCAGGUGCUCAGCAAGGUGGCCACCAUUUUCAGCUUCGUGACGCUGCUCUGCAUGAUCAACAUGGUCCUGAUUAGCAAGGUGCCGGACAUCGAGAAAGGCCUGCGAAAUGCGAACCCAAAGUUUCUUGGUGUCCGGCUGUUGCUGCUGAUUACGCAGAUCCAACCUCAGGUUCUGCAGGGCAUCACCGUCGGCUCACCACUCUACAAGACGCUGAACGAGAAUGCAAAGAAGCUUCACAUCGAGGAGAUGUUUGCGAAGUGGACCUUCACGCCCAAGCAGGCGUUGCUUGCGCAUGCUGCCGCCUUGAACUAUGAGUGCCUCCUCGUGGCGAUCUUGACAUACUGCAUGUGGAGGCUCCGGCCGGAGCAGAAGAAGGCCCUGAUGACGACGCCAGGAGGGAGCUCUGCUGUUGCGCGAGCUCGGGAAAUCUCUCACGACGGCUACCAGAAGCUGUUGGACGCGUGA